GAAAAUUCACUUUGAGAUUGCUUUUCCUUCCGAAUCUUUCUCAGUAGAUCGCCGGGGACUGAUCCUGGAGCUUCUGUGGAUAGUCGGCGAGUGGGAAGCUAAAACGGGCGGACCAGCGAAUUCUCUUUUUUCUUCAAAACGACCAUGUCAGUCGAUGGAUUCCCGCCUUUCAUCGCGGCUCAGCUCCAUUACCACCUAAAUCAAUGCCCUCACUCCACUAAGGUUGAUCAGGUGUGGUCUGGCAGCAAAUACCUGCCUGGAUUAUAUGAUCGCUUCACCUUGCUCAUCCCUUAUUGUUUAGACUUCAUCAGAUGGGAUUUUAUAUACAAUGCCGAGUUUCCUAUGGCUGCACCAGAUGUUAUAUUUGGACCUGAAGAUGAAGAUUUUUAUCCGUUAAGUGCAACUUCUGGUGGACGAGGACCAUUCCUGAAGAGUUUGCAGGACUGGAGCCACAAGGACCCUACGCGGCUAUUGGUUCUCAUUCAAGAACUGAGGGAUCACUAUGUCGCUUACCAGAGAAAGCGAGUUGGAGAAGUUGAUGAUGAUCGGUUAAAAUUUGAAAUUAGUACUAUUGAAUCACGGCAGGGAAUUGAGAUGCAUAUGAGUUCAGGUGCCGGAAAGCCUGAGGAGGUCAAAUUUGCAGUGCCUCUAUUGGACAUGAACAUAAAUAAAUUGGUGCUUGGUUGUCCCUGGAGACAUCAGCAGAAAAUUUAUUUACAGGUAAUAUACCCUGUUAUUAGAAAAUAUAUGACUGCUCCUUCAGCACCUCGUCUAAAAUUAAUGUCGAAUCCCGAGUUGAAAGCUCUAUUUUUAGUUGACGAUGCCAAACUUCCUUCAUGGGUGGAAGGAAUGUGCAUGGCCGAGUAUCUUCCCCACCUAGAAGAAACCCUCGAGAAACAGGUGUUAGAGGCAGCUUCCUUGGUUGAUGUUAGAAGGCGUUUUAUUGAGGCAUUGGCUCCUUUGUUUGGAAGGCCAGUAGAAGCUGAUUCGGUUUUUUGCAGGAAGGCAACAUUUCUUGCGGCCUCUGGAGCAUUUACAUUUCUGGUUCAUUUUCUCGUUUCAACUCUGUUUCCAAAGCAACAGCCAUCUAUGCUACUUCAAAGCACUCUGCAUUUCAGCAAUCAUGGUGUGCCUGUCAAGUCCCCGCUUUUGACAGAUUACCCAUGGAGUCCGAGAUGGGAUGCCUCACAGAUGGCCGAGCAGAUAUUAAAUUUGUUCUCCUUUAUCCCUGCCCACAGGUUUUGCUUAUCAUAUUUUCUUCCAGUGACUUCUUGGCAGACGAGUCCCUGAACUUCAAAAGGUACUGCAAUGAGUCUCAACUUCAACACUAGCAUAUUGUCUUGCGCAGCUGUUAAUUUUCUUUCCGCUGGCUUUAGCAUUUCAAACUUUCAAGUUGGCUAGAGUUGGUCCAUUGGAGCUGUGCAUCUGUAUUCUUUAUCAUCAUUGUAAAUGGUUAUGUUCACAUGUUCCAGUCUUUUGCAUGCAUUAGUAACUGCUAAAUCCAGUACUCCUAUCCUAUGUAAUUGGCCUGUAAGUCUUGUGCCUUUGCCUCUCUUCUUGUCUGUCUGAUUCUCCCUUGUUGAAAAG